AUGGGGGGUCUGACAGGGACUCGUAGAACAUUUCACCUCCUUUUCCUCUCCGCCCAUCCUAGUACUUCCUCUUCCUUCCCCCACACUCAUCUCCUAUUCUUCACUCUCACUUUCCUCCUGGCCCCUGCGGUCGUUAAGCCGGGUGGAACCAGUUCGCCUGACCAUUCCGCUCGAGUGAAGCGUCAAGUCGGGAGCAACCACGCGUGUCUAGCCACGGGGAGUACCUUCAUUCGUCGAGUAUUAGCAACACUCGACUACAGAAGGUUACAAACUACAUCAUUAUCUACAUCAUCAUCAUUACAACGGUUACUACAUCUGCCUUUAAUAACGGUAGAUAUAGAGAUUAUUUUGGUGAUUUUGACAAUUGGGAUAACCAUGAGGAAGAAAGGCCACCCGUGCCCAGAGACCCAGGAGUUGAGCCCCGGUAAAUGGGGCGGGCGGACGGUGGCGGAAUGCAAAUGUCCUCCAGGAACAGCACAGUUACCUCACACCACCACAUGCCACAAGCUAUUCGAACGCGGCCCAUGUCGGCAGGGAGAGUACUUCGCUCCCGUAGAAGAGUCCUUCAACAAGCGAGGGGAGCGUCAAGGAAUGUGCGUGAGGCCGCAGCAGUGUGCGGAUGAGACGUUACUCUACUGGCCUGCAGACGGUCGAUGCUACUACAGGCUCAGCCAGGGGCCUUGCUACCCUGGCUCCAUACUGGAUGUUGGAGAUGAUGGGCUCGCUAAUUGCACUUGCGAUCCAGACAGUCCGAACUUCUGGUCGGUGGACGGCGGUUGUUACGCGCACUUCACCCGCGGCCCGUGCGAGCGCGGACAGCUGUUCCUGCCCGGGCCGCGCUGUGGCUGCGAGACUCAUAUGCCGCAUUACCAUAAUGACAGUGGAGGGUGCUUUGAACUGGAUUCCAUCGGUCCGUGUCCCAGAGGCCACACGUUUGCCAUAACUGAAGUGACGCCCCAGGGCUCGAAGGCGGAGUGCAAGUGCAAGUCGUUCCACGCGAGGGCUUUAGAUGGUGCGUGCUACAGGCUAUACACGCGGGGACCCUGCGCUCAGGACGAGAUGAUCGCCAGAGGAGGACGAUGCACUAAGGUGCCAUGUGGCCGCGGUCGUUUAUACUUGCCGGAGCGGCGCCGCUGCUACCGGCCGGGCGCGGGCGAGCCGUGUCCCGCGGGAUCUGUCGUAGCGUUCGACCUGGACGCGCGCCCCGCGCUGGACGGGCUCAGCCACAACGGCGUGUGUGCGUGCAGCUUAGGCGCUUGUACCAGGCGGGAGGUGGAGACCUGUACUUCUCGCAAAGGCACGGCUGCCUACGGAGGAGCCUGUCACAUCCUCAACACCCAAGGUCCUUGUCCAGACGGCUCCUGGCUCGUCAAGGAGAGCACCGGGAAGAUCAAGUGCCAAUGCCGACCAGGGCGUACACCUCCUGAAUGUAAUGAGACUGCCUUAGUCGAAGUCAAGAGUUGACAUAUAUGAUAGAUAUACAGAUGAUCUCGAUGUGGGUUAUUAAUAUCGAUUGUAUCAUUUGAUUGUAGAAUCGAAUUGAAUCGAUUUUUUUAACAAUAUUUAUUGAAUAAGUGUCAUAUUUGACACCUGGUUACAUGCUUGAUGUAUUGGAUUAUCAGAUUAAUUAUCGGAAAAAUCUAAAAGUAAGAACCAGGUUGAAAAACUCUCAAACAUUUCAGGCAGCGAUUCGACUUGAACAAUUGUCGAUUUCAAUUUAUUGUAAUCGAUUUGUCAUAGUUAGUUACUUUGUGAGCCGUUAGUUAAAUGCUUAAUUUAUUGUUUAAGUAGUUAUUCAACUUUAGGUGUCGAUAGUAAAGUCGAUUAAUUUCAAUCGAUUGGUAUAAACACUCGAUUGAUUUUAUUAGGCGAAUUAAUAAUAUACUGUAUAUCACUAAUCACUCGCUAGACUUCAGUUUUUUUUUUAUAUUGACUCUUAUAUUCUUUAUCAAUUAUUUAAUCGUUGUAUAUUUCAACAAUAUUGUAUUCUCUACUCUGAUCAUUUUGUCAGGAAGUAACAUAAUCAUUGCAUCGAGUUAAAAAUAUUCCUUUACAUGUUUGACAGGUAAACUCGUGAUUAUGAUUUAAGAGACGCUGUGCUAUUUACAGUAUAUAUAUUUUAUUAUAGACAAGUAUUUUAAUUAUGACAAUUAUUAAGGAUAAAUACUAUUCUUUUGAUACCAAAUAGUAUCAAAUAGGCUAAGUCAUAAACAAUGUCCCAGUAAAUAUUCUUCAAAAACAUUAUAAUUAAAGAUUUCUUAAGCUUAGGCGAAUGUUAGACACUGAAAUAAAACUAUUUACGAAUGUUAUCACGGUUAUCAUGGGUCAGUCCGCCCUGUGACCACGAAGGCUGCAGUCUUCAAAAUGGCGGGAGAAAAUAAUAAUAUAAAUAACCGUGAUAAAAUCCCUAAAUAGUGUAAUUUCAAUUAUAACUACCUUGGUGGCGUGAUUGCACUGCAUGCGUGGUACGGCAGCGCUUUGAGGUCCUGGGUUCGAAUCCCGGGUUGGGUAAAGCAAUAUUUGGGUUUU